AUGUUUAAUGGUUCAAUAAAGUAUAUGAAUCGUUGCUUAUGUAGACAGGCGAAUGUUUCAAUGCGAAGAACUUUCUAUCAUAAAAGCGUAUACCAAAGGUUUUUCUCAACAAGAAACAGUUUGAAAAAUGUUAAUGGCGAAAAACCUGGUACGAAAAAACCAUUGAAUAGGUUACAACUAGGUGAUGAAAUUGAUGAAACGGAACCUGUCAGAACAAAAUUUUUCCAAUUUUCCGGAUGGAAGUCCACCCUUAUCUGUUGUGGUUUAGGUGCUGCGAUAUAUACUUACAUAUCAAAAAAGAGACGUUUGCUGGAAACAGAAAAGGAAGCAAACGCUAACAGAGCUUACGGCUCAGUAGCGCUCGGAGGGCCUUUCAGUUUAAUAGAUUUUAAUGGUCAACCCUUCACUGAGAAGAAUUUAAAGGGUAAGUUUUCCAUUCUAUAUUUUGGUUUUAGUAAUUGCCCCGACGUUUGUCCAGAAGAGCUGGAUAGAUUAACCUAUUGGAUUUCUGAAUUAAAUGACAAAGAUAACGUAAAAAUACAGCCAUUGUUCAUCUCGUGCGAUCCGGCAAGAGAUUCUCCCGAAGUCUUAAAAGAGUACUUGAGUGAUUUCCAUCCUGCUAUUAUUGGUUUGACUGGAACAUAUGAUGAAGUGAAAAGCGUAUGUAAAAAAUACAAGGUAUAUUUUUCUACUCCUCGUGAUGCCAAGCCUGACCAAGACUACUUAGUAGACCAUUCAAUUUUUUUUUAUUUAAUUGAUCCCGAGGGUCAGUUCAUUGAUGCAUUGGGCAGGAACUACGAUGACCAAUCCGGUCUAGAAAAGAUUCGUGAACAAAUUGAAGCUUAUGUGCCAAAAAAAGAACGAGAGCGUAGGUUGACUAAAUGGUACUCUUUCAUCUUUAAAUGA